AAUAAAAGAUGGAUUGGGAUGUUGGACUGGUGAGUUUAGAUAUAUAAUAAAUAGUACACUGGUGAAUAUUAUUUUGUGUGAGAGCAGAACAACGACGAAUGAGGUUAGACACCGCCCUGAUCGGACCAAUAAAGCCCGAUGGCGAGUGUGAGAAUUUACAAGAGGUAAAGGAAUUGCUUGAGGAUUUUUGAUGAGAUCAUUACAGAUUGUUUGAAACUGUGCAUUCGCCGCAGGAGGUUCCGAUUCACGUAAAGUACCAGCAAGAUCGUGCAGUGUACCAUGUUGCCGACAACUAUCCGCAAUUGUUGGUGUAACUGUUGAGAGAUGCCACCUAUUAAUGCAUGGAAAACAAUAUUUGUGACCGGAGGUGCUGGCUAUAUUGGUAGCCACUGCAUUGUCGAACUCUUGGAAUCCGGUUACGAUGUCGUGGCAAUCGACAAUUUUGCAAACAGCGUAACCGAAGGUGACGGAGAGUCUGCUGCACUUAGGAGAGUAGAAAAGAUAACUGGGAAAACCGUCAAGUUCUAUAUUUGUGAUUUGCUCGACAAAGACAAGCUCGAACAAGUUUUUAACAAACAUAAAAUAGACUGCGUUGUUCAUUUUGCAGCCAUCAAAGCUGUAGGUGAAUCUAUGCAAAUCCCCCUACAUUAUUACCGAAAUAAUAUUAUCGGUGCUAUAAAUCUAUUAGAGGUGAUGAAAGCUGCUGGCUGCUUUCAGUUGGUGUUCAGUAGUUCAUGUACAGUCUACGGUGAACCAGAAAAACUUCCAAUUACAGAAGGCCAUCCAACUGGUAAUAUUACUAAUGUUUAUGGUAGAACCAAAUAUUUUAUAGAAGAAAUGCUCAAAGAUAUAUCAAGAGCUGAAAGGAAAUGGAAUAUAAUUUCAUUGAGAUAUUUUAACCCUGUUGGUGCUCACCCCAGUGGUUUAAUUGGUGAAGAUCCAACCAAACAAUUCACUAAUUUGAUGCCAUUUAUUGCCCAAGUUGCCCUUGGACAAAAAUCAGAAUUAACUAUCUUUGGGGGAGAUUAUCCUACAAAAGAUGGAACAGGAAUCAGGGAUUAUAUUCAUAUUAUGGAUUUAGCAUCUGGUCAUGUAGCUGCUUUGCAUGCAUUGCACAAACAGCAUAAUAGACUUAAAAUAUAUAAUCUUGGCACAGGAAGUGGCGUUUCUGUCUUAGAACUAGUUAAAACUUUUGAAAAAGUAACUGGAACUUGUGUACCAUAUGUUAUUAAGGAUAGAAGAGACGGCGACAUAGUAUCAAUGUUUGCAAACACAAGUUUAGCAGAAAAUGAAUUAGGUUGGAAGGCUAAAUAUAGUGUAGAACAAAUGUGCCAAGACUUUUGGCGAUGGCAAAAGAUGAACCCCUGUGGAUAUCGAAUAUCUUAUAAAAAUGGAAAUUCUAUUUAGCGACGCUAACGUUAUUCAAAAAAUAAAUCUUAUUGUGUCAGUAUGGAUACCAAAUAAAAUAGAAUUAUCAAGUGCAUUUUUGAUAACUCAAAGUUAAUCAGA